UGGAGUGAAUCAAGGAACUAUGGGGGUGUUUGAGCUGUUGGCAGUAAUUGCACUGGAUUCUUUCCUAACACUCUCUUCCUUAAUGUUCUCAACUAUUAUUCUAACAUGGAGGGUGUUCUUUAAAUCAUUUCUUCUUCUCAAAACCCAUCCACCCCUCAACCUUAAGAGCCUGUUUCGGUAUAUAUGAACAACCCCAAUUUCUUUUCUAUGACCUUCUAACUUUUGAUGGCUUUAAGAUAUGUACCAAAAUAUAAAUAAAUGCUGAAAACAGGUUCACACCUUAAUAGCCUGUUUUGGUAUAUAUGUUUUCUUAAAGUUUAACUCCAUUCUUUCGGUUACCUUUUUUGUUUCACUAGAAACAGUCAAUCUGGAAUGCAAGUCAAUUACAGCCCUUGAUACAUUUCCAUAAAAGAACUUGUUUCAUGUAUACAUUUCUUCUGCUAUUGUCUAUUUCUUUCAAAUCUCUCUUUUUGAGAGACAAUGGCAGAAGUUGGCUGCCAUAAUAUUAAUUGUCUGCUACUGUCAGCUUCACUUGCUUUCUGUCUUCUUGUCUGGUAUUUAUCAUCUCCAUUGAAGUACCAAAGCAAACUCACCAUCUUAUUCUCCACUUUCCCACCCAAUUCCCACAUCAAAACCAGUCAAGAAACCGCACCAUCAUCACCUCCAUCGCCACCACCAUCAGCUGCUUCACCGGCUCCAUUGACAUCCCUUAAUGCAACAACUGGUGGGGACGCCAUUACAAGGCCUAAUAAAAGAAAGAGCAGUUUGGAGAAAGUUGAAGAGGGUUUGGCCAAAGCACGAGCGGCUAUACGUGAAGCAAUUCUUGUACGAAACUAUACAUCAUACAAGAAAGAGACCUUCGUUCCCAGAGGAAUCAUUUACAGAAAUCCAUACGCUUUUCAUCAGAGUCACAUUGAAAUGGAGAAGAGAUUCAAGGUUUGGGUAUAUAGAGAAGGAGAGCCACCCUUAGUUCAUGGGGGGCCGGUGAGCAACAUCUACGGCAUCGAGGGGCAGUUCAUCGACGAAAUGGAGAGUGGGAAGAGCCGGUUUUUGGCUCGCCAUCCCGAGGAGGCACAUGCAUUUUUUAUCCCCAUUAGUGUAGCCAACAUUGUCAAAGUCCUCUACCGACCUCUCGUCACCUACUCUCGCGAUCAGCUACACCGAGUCGUCGCUGAUUAUGUUGGCGUCGUAGCUCAGAAGUACCCUUAUUGGAAUCGAAGCAAUGGAGCUGAUCAUUUCUUGAUUUCUUGCCAUGAUUGGGCACCGGAUAUUGGAGAUUCCAAUCCAGCACUGUUCAAUAACUUCAUCAGAGUCCUCUGCAACGCUAACACAUCAGAAAAGUUCAACCCUCGAAGAGAUGUCUCCAUGCCCGAAAUCAACAUUCCCAAAGCUCAGCUUGGUCCGCCGCACCUCGACCUUCCCCCGGUAAACAGUUCGAUCCUCGCGUUCUUCGCCGGUGGAGCCCAUGGUUACAUAAGAAAGCUCUUGUUGGAGCAUUGGAAAGACAAGGACGAAGAAGUUCAAGUCCACGAGUACCUUUCAAAGGAGAAAGAUUACUUCAAGUUGAUGGGGGAAACAAAGUUUUGCUUAUGCCCAAGCGGCUACGAAGUGGCAAGUCCGAGGGUGGCCACAGCAAUCUCCGUCGGGUGUGUUCCGGUUAUAAUCUCCGAUAACUAUGCGCUACCGUUUAGCGAUGUGCUUGAUUGGAGCGAGUUUUCGGUUCAUAUUCCGUCAGAGAGGAUACCGGAAAUCAAGAGGAUAUUGAAAGGGAUAUCGGAGAAGAAGUAUUUGAAGUUGCAAAAGAGAGUGAGGCAAGUCCGAAGGCAUUUUGUUUUGAACCGACCAGCAAAGCCAUUUGAUGUGAUUUACAUGUUGCUUCACUCCGUGUGGUUAAGGAGACUGAAUUUUAGGGUACCGACACCUUCAUAAUAUCGCCAUUGUUGAUCGCAAAAGCAUCCAUUCCUUGUAAUUAAAAAAAAAAAAGUCUCUAAGUUUGUAUCUCCAAUUAAAAUUAUCAUUUGCUUUUAGUCUAUUGUGAGGAUAUC